UAAGUUGUUCCCAAAAACCAAAAGCUUAUAAAAGGCUCCUUCCUGAUUAUGAUGUUACUCACAGUACUCUUUAGAAGACUUUGAUUUCAUUUCAUUAAUUUCUAAAGCUCUCAACAAUCCAAAUCCAAGUAAUUAAAACCCUAGAUGGGAAGGGGAAAGAUAGUGAUCCGAAGGAUCGAUAACUCAACGAGCAGGCAAGUUACUUUCUCAAAGAGAAGGAAUGGAUUGUUGAAGAAAGCUAAGGAGCUCGCGAUUCUUUGCGAUGCUGAAGUUGGAUUGAUUAUUUUCUCUAGUACUGGAAAGCUCUAUGAGUUUUCUAACACCAGCAUGAAAUCAGUUAUUGAACGAUACACCAAAACGAAGGACGAUUGUCAGCAAUUGCACAAUCCAGUGUCAGAACUCAAGCUGUGGCAGAGGGAGGCAGAGAUCUUGGGGCAACAACUACAGGAUCUGCAAGGGAAUCAACGGCAAUUAUUGGGAGAGGAGCUAAGUGGUUUGGGCAUAAAAGAACUAACAAAUCUGGAGAAUCAACUGGAAAUGAGCUUAAAGGGAAUCCGUAUGAAAAAGGAGCAAAUAUUGAAGGAUGAAAUUCAAGAGCUAACUCGAAAGGGGAGCAUAAUACAUCAAGAAAAUUUGGAACUCUACAAGAAGGUUUAUGGUACAAGAGAUGCUCAUGCAGUGAAUGGAAACAUCAACUAUAUAUAUCCGUAUCGCUUUACAGUGAGUAGAGAAGUUCAGGCCCCCAUCCAUCUGCAGCUAAGCCAGCCUGAGCCACAAAAUUUUGAGAUGCAAGUAGGAACAUCUGAUUCAAGGUAGGUGUCAAUGAUGGCAGUAAAGAUCAAUAACUUAACAACCUAAACUACAGGGCAGCAGAAGAGGAGAAAUAACUAAAAGAAGGAUUGCAGUGUUUCUAUAUAUAUAUAUAUAUAUAUAUACUAGUUUUUUGAUAUGUGCAAUGCACGUGAUUACCAAUUUCAAAAAUAUAUGUUAUAGUAAAUAGUAUUGCUUAUUUAAGCGAAGAUUUGAAUAAUAAGAUU